AUGGAUAAUAAUCAACAACAACAACAACCAGGAAACAAAGAAGAGAUAAUUAAAAAUGUUCUUAGUAUGUUCCCUCUACUCACAAGGGAUCAUUACUUGUACUCAACAUUGAACCGAUGCAAUUGGCAGAUUGAACCAGCCUUGGACUCAUUGCAGAAGCGCCACGAUACUCUGGAGAAGGAACAAAAGCUGAUCCAGCAGCAGGUCGAGGAGAAGAAGGCUCGUGAACAGGCAAUCAAACAGGAGAAGGCACUCAAGGAGGUGAAGGACAUCUUUGGCAAUGCUUUCCCAGACUCAAAGUACAAGGAAGCCUUGUUCAAAUGUGACUUCAAGGUCGACGAGACUGUAGACUCCCUAAUGACAGAGAGCCAUCUGAUCAACGAGGAGAAGGAGAAAAAGAUCAAGGAGGAACAGAGACUGCAGGAAGAGAAGAUCGAGCGUGAGAGACAAGAGAAGCUAAAGAGAGAAGAGGCCAUCGCAGAGAUCAGACGUCAAGAGGCUGCUUUGCUCGAGGCAGAGAGACAGAGAAGAGCCGAGGAGUUGAAGAAGAGACUAGAGGAGGAAGAGUUGAGAAGAAAGAUCGAGGAAGAGGAGGCCAGACACCGUGAGGAGGAGGUCAGAAGACGUUUGGAGGAGGAGAUCAUGCGUCGCAUGGUAGAGGCCAAACGAAGAGCUGAGGAGGAAGAGGCCGCUGCACAGCGCAGGGCAGAAGAGGCCAGACUCUUGGAGGAGGAGACUAGAAGAAUGGAAGAGGAGCUCAAAAGACGUGAGGAGGAGCUAAAGAGGGAGGAAGAGAGACGUCAGAGAGAGGAAGAAGAGGAAAGACUCCGUAUGCUAGAGGAGGAGAGGCGUAGACAACAAGAGGAGGAGGAGAGACGCGCCCAGGAGAGCAAGAGGGUGCAGUCCUUGUUGUUGGACCUCAAGAGUCUCUCUGACGAACAAAAGAAGGAGGUGGCCAACUCUGAGCUGUUCAAGGAGAUCGUUCGUGACUUCAAGAGCCACUUGACCGUAAGGGAGGAUUGCAACAACAACAACAAAAUCCCAUCUCCCUACAUCCCAUCUCCAUCGCCCUACUCAACUUUUGGCUUCACAACUGCACAGCCAAUCAAGUACACAUGCCCCUAUAGCAACAACAACAACAACGGAAACAACAACAAUCCAAAUGUCAUCAAUCCGUUUGCCAGACCACCUGUGCACCCAUCCCCCUUCUAUAUCCCUUCACAACCUGUACAGCAACAAAAACCAGUUGAGGCCAACAACAACACAAACAACCCAUUCAACACUUCACCAUUCUCCACAUCUCCAAUUCCGGUCAGACAUAUAGGAGCACUCCCCUAUCCACCAUAUACUGGUCUCCAACCAUUGACUCCAAUCAUCCCCCAACCAGUUCCAACCCAUCCCGUUUACCCUGGUCAGGUGCAGCAGCAACAACUAAAGAAUGUUGGUGUUGGAGAGCCAACACCAGCCCCAGUGAACAUGUCACCCAAGUCGGCCAACAAGAAGACUACGAUUGAAAACCUUUCUUCCAUGUUCCCAUCGAUCUCCAAGGACACUAUUGAGUGCGUGUGGAUGCAGAGCGAGAACAACAUUGAGACAGCAGUUCAGAACCUGUUGGACAUCAGUGUUCCAGCCGUCAAGAAGGAG